UUCUCUUGGUCUGCAUCGCAGCUCUUGCUCAGGUUGGUGAAUUUUCUUAUACACUGUUCUUUUGCUGAUUCUGUAUGCUAAAACUGUAUUAUAUUUAAUCAGAUGUGUCCACUGUCUAACGCAUAAGACGCGAGGUGCUGAUCGUAUCCAAUAACUCCUAACACGUGCCCACGAACGACUCCCAAUAAGGAGCUUCAUGUGUUAGCAAUUAAAGCACCCAAAUUUUAUGACCUACGUUAUUACUGACAGGGGUAAACACCACUAUCGCGCUCAGGGAUAGUUGUAGCAUGCGUUGCAGUUUGAAAGUUGGGCUGAGCGUGAUAUAGGGUUUUCAACCCUUCAUCUGAAGGUUGAUAUUGAAAUAUCUGUGGAGUACGGUUCUCAUGAAUUCAUGUUUUCUGUAAUUUGUAGUCUGCUAUGGGCAUCGGUUGUGGCUGCGGUGGACGUGGCUACGGAGGUCUUGGGUACGGAGGACCUGGGUACGGUGGACUCGGAUAUGGUGGGCUCGGAUAUGGUGGCUACGGCGGUCUCGGAGGAGGAUGUGGCCGAGGCUUCUCAGGUGGAAGCCUUCCUGUAGCAACCUCCUCUGCCGCCCCUACUGGUCUGGGUGUCGCGUCCGAAAACGAAUACGAAGGUACUGUCGCUGUCUGCGGUAACCUGCCUUUCCUAGGCUCCGCUCUAGUAGAGGGCGUCUUUCCCACUGCGGGUCUUGGCGGUAUCUUCUACGGCUGCGGCGAUGGCUUCGUCGGCAUCACCGCUGAGAGAGGCAACGGCUAUGCUGGUGGUCUCGGCUACGGUGCCGGAUAUGAUGGCAUCGGCUACGGCGCUGGAUACGGUCUUGGCUACGCCGGAAACGGAUGCGGUUGCGGCUAUGGUGGAAUCUAGUGAUUAACCAACCAACUAGUCAUGUACCGAUAAAAUCUACAUACAAUAAAAAUAUUUUGAUUCAUC